AUGAUGGCAGCCAGAGCAGAAUAAGAAUCAUCUACAACCCACCAGAAACUGCAAUCUACUAGGGACGAUUUGGUUUCUCAACAUGAUCCUUGUCUUUCUUUUUGUUUAUCUUCCAGCAGUAAAACUCCAGGACUUCCAGGACCAGUGCCCAGGCAGGUCCUGUCACCCUCAACUUGGUGACCUGUUGGUGGGUCGAGCAGCGCAGCUCUCAGCCUCAUCCACCUGUGGUCUUGAUGGACCCCAGAACUACUGUAUUGUUGGAUACCUGGAGGGGGAGCAGAAAUGUUUCACAUGUGACUCCAGACUACCGUUUAGUAUCAAGGAUAACCCUUUGAGCCAUCGUAUCGAAAAUGUCAUCUCCAACUUUGACUUUGAGAGUCGAAUGAAGUGGUGGCAGUCUGAGAAUGGAGUUCAUCAGGUCAGCAUCCGGUUAGAUCUGGAGACCAUAUUUCAAUUCAGCCACCUGGUCCUCACAUUCAAGACUUUCAGGCCUACAGCAAUGUUAGUGGAGCGCUCCAAGGACUUCGGAAAAAGCUGGAAAACCUUUCGCUACUUUGCAGACGAUUGUUCCAUUCAUUUCCCUUCAGUUCCAGCUGGAUCUGCAAGAUUUAUUGAUGACGUGUUCUGUGACAGCAGAUACUCUGGACCCGAACCAUCCACAGGUGGAGAGGUGGUACUAAAGGCCCUAGAUCCUGUCUUUGAAAUAGAAAACCCGUAUGAUCCAAAAAUUCAAGAACUGAUCACAGUUACAAAUAUCCGGGUGAAUUUCACUCAUCUCUACACGCUUGGUGACACUCUGCUGGCUCGCAGACGAAGGAAUCCUCAGGAGAAGUAUUACUAUUCACUUUCCAGCAUGGUGGUUCAGGGAAGCUGCUUCUGUAAUGGACACGCCAGCCGGUGUGUCCCGGUGGAUGGAGGACGUGGGGAUGUCUUCACCGAGCCUGGCAUGAUUCAUGGUCGAUGUGUUUGUCAACACAACACAGCUGGAGAGAAUUGUGAGCGAUGCCAGUCCCUCUACAAUGACUCCCCCUGGAGGCCUGGAGGAGAAAACACAGACAGCAUCUGCAGGAGGUGUAACUGCCACGGUCACUCAGACUCAUGUCACUUUGAUGCUGCUCGCUAUGACGCAACCAGAGGAGUGAGUGGUGGCGUUUGUGAUGACUGCCGCCAUGACAGAACGGGGCCUCAAUGUGAACACUGUCGGCCUUUCAUGUAUCAGGACCCACAGAGGGCACUGGAGGACCCUCAAGCCUGCAUACCGUGUGACUGUGACCCUGCCGGCUCUCUCAACGGAGGUCUGUGUGAUGCUUCAAGCGGUCGCUGUUUCUGUAAGGAAAACGUGGAGGGUCCACAUUGCGAUCGCUGCAAACAUGGCUUCUUCAAUCUGAGACAGGAAAACCCAACUGGAUGUGACGAAUGUAAAUGCCACCGUUUGGGAAGUGUUGGACCAUGUGACCAGCUGACAGGAAGCUGUAAAUGUGAGCCAAUGGCUACUGGGCCCCUGUGUGAUCAGUGUGUGGCAGGUUUCUGGGGUUUGGGAAAUUCCAUGUUCAGAUGUUCACCCUGUGAUUGUGAUGUCGGUGGAGCUCACAGCAACAUGUGUUCUUCAGAGGACGGGCAGUGUCACUGUUUACCCAACAUGAUCGGCCGGCGCUGUUCUGAUCCUGCUCCUGGUUACUUCCUGCCUUCACUGAACUACUUCCUGUAUGAGGCGGAGCUAGCUGUACAACAGGCAGGAGGAAACUCCUCCCCUUCUCCGCCUUCUCGUCCUUCACCCUCUUCCUCUCCUCUGGUGAAUCCCAGCCUUUUGCCUCCAUGUGAGCAGUACUACAGAAAUCAGGGCUAUGACUUCAAAGUCUCCAAUGGAAAGGUGGUUUUGGUCCGGAAGCCACGUCGUCUCAGCCGACAAAGGCGUCAGAAGCAGAACAUCAACCGUCUGAAUCGGAGGCCCUUGCAGAUCCUCCCCCACCAAGGGUCACCUGAGCAGUCUGGAACUGGUCUGGGAUUAGUCAGAGUCACAGAGGGGGUGGGGCUUACAUUCACAGUGGACAACCUUCCAACAUCGAUGGAAUAUCAUCUGGUGAUCCGCUAUGAGUCUGAGUCUGUCUCUGAUUGGCUGGCUACUGUACGGAUUAUUAAGCUAUCCCCAGGUGAUGAAGCCUGCAGUGAUACCCCAACCGGAAGUCUAACACUGAUUCUUCCAAGAAACUCCAGAUUGGGAAUUCUGGACUCCCGGCUGUGUCUUAAUGCUGGAGGUCGUUACAAUAUGGAGAUUUUCUUUGACCGGGAGCAAAUUCUAGACAACUCUCCCUUGUUGGUUGAUUCGAUGGGACUGAUUCAGAUUUUUGAUUCGGUCCAAAACUUUUGUUCCCAUAGUGACUUCGACUCUUUAAGUAACUUUCGCUGCGUAGGAUUGGAUGUCUAUCUUGGUUCUCAGGAGUCGCUUCCUAAAAUCUGCGAGGGACUAAUCAAGAGUCUGUCAGCUCGCAUCCACAACGGAGCUGUGGCUUGCAGGUGUAACAGCAUCGGUUCUCUUGGAUCAGGAUGCAGUAAGUUGGGUGGGUUCUGUGAAUGCCAGCGCAGCGUGAUUGGACGUUGUUGUGAUGCCUGUGCACCAUUGCACUUUGGAUUUGGACCUGAAGGCUGUAAACGCUGCGAAUGUGAUCCUCGAGGGUCCCUUUCGGAGGCGUGUGAUGUGAUCAGCGGUCAGUGUGAUUGUCGCCCCCAGGUGACAGGUCAACGAUGCGAUCGAUGCGAGUCUGGAUUCUGGGGAUUCCCCCUCUGUCAGCCUUGUGAUUGCAAUGACCUGUCAGAGACAUGCGAUGGAGAGACAGGAACGUGUCUAAACUGCAGAGAACACAGCACCGGGCCACACUGUAACAGGUGUGUGGAGGGCUACUAUGGUAACCCAGUCUCCAGGCAAUCGUGUCAGCCCUGCCUGUGUCCUGACAUCUUGAGCAGUGGACGAUUCUUUGCCUCUUCCUGUCAGUACGACGAACAGUCCCUAAGUGUUAGCUGUUCCUGUAGAGAAGGGCAUGCAGGUCCACAAUGUGACAGGUGCAGUCCUGGUUUCUAUGGAGACUUGACCUUACCUGGUGCAACCUGUAAAGUGUGCUCUUGCAACAACAACAUCGACCCCAACAGUGGUGACGCCUGCGACACCAAAACUGGAGAAUGUCUUCGCUGCCUUUACCACACCACAGGUCCACAGUGCCAAUUCUGCAAACCUGGUUUCUAUGGCAACGCCUUGCAACACAACUGCAAAGAAUGCUCCUGUGAUCGUCGGGGGACCGAGCCAACUCUUUGUCCCUUGGAGAGUCCCUGCUUCUGCAAUAGGGAGACAGGACAGUGUCCCUGCAGGACAGGGGUUGUGGGAGACCUCUGUGAUGAAUGUGAGGAUGGUUUUUGGAACCUGGACGGAGCCUCGGGAUGUCAACCCUGCAGCUGUGAUCCUGCUAACUCGGUCUCCAAUGUCUGUAACAAGGUGUCGGGACAGUGUCUUUGUCGUCCUGAGUUUGGAGGAAGACAGUGUGAUGAAUGUGGAGAAAAUCACUUUGGGAAUCCAGACCUGCAGUGUUUCUCUUGUGACUGUAACCUGGAGGGAACCGAGAGGCCAUCAUGUGACCCUGAAACCGGUGAGUGUAUCUGCCGGAUCGGCGUCACUGGAAUCCUCUGUGACGAAUGUGCUCCAGGUCACAGCUCAGAGUUUCCAGCCUGUGAGAGGUGCCAUGAGUGCAGCUCUCUGUGGGCCGUAAACGUCACUGACGUCCAACGAGCUGCCCAAAGGAUGAGAACCCUCAUCCCUCUCCAUGGCGACACUCAGGAUUCAACACACAGUCGCUACUGGCAAUGGAUGCUGGAGAUGCACUCCAGACUGGACCGCCUUGCUAACAUGACGCGUCCUUUCCUCCCAAAGCUGGAAAAUGUAGAGAAACUUUACAUUAAGAUUAGGAGGCUGAAAGAUACUGUAGACACCAACAUCAUUUUGAUUGAUCCAUCUCUUCUCCUUAACACUGACAUCGAUAAUAUUUAUUCAGAGUUUAUGAAACUGCUUAAAAACUUGAAGGACCAACUCAUCAAGGUGCCAAAUGAGAAACAAACAGAGCAAGUGGAAGAGAUGCUAGAGGAGAUCCAAAAGCUUCAUAAAAUCUUUAUGUCAGACGAGAAGCGGCUGAGAAACUCCAGUAAAGCCGUGGAGGACUCUAUGGAUACUAGGCAGGAGUUAAAGCGCAAGCUUAGCAUGUGCAAAGGCAGAGGACCCAUGGCAGCACUGGAGAAGAAGGUCAAAGAGCUGAGUGUUCUCAAACUCAACCAGAAGGUCUGUGGGCAACCAGAUCCGAAGGACUGCUCAAAAUGUCCUGAAGGGCAGAUAUGUGAUGGAGCUGUCCCAGCUUCUCAGAAAGCUUUAGAGAUGGAAGAGAAAGUAAAACAACGACUCGUCGAACUCCCUCUCAAGCUACGGGAGUCUGAGAGAAAGAUGCAAGUAGCCCGGUUGGAGGCUCAGUCCACCAAAGACCAGGCCCAAGACCUGCAGCGUCAGAUCAGGGAGACCUCUGGAUCACUGGAGAUGGAGAAAAACAGAACUAGGGAGCUCCUCCAGAGAGUCAAACAAUACUUGAUGGAUGAAAUGGUUCCUCCAGAGGACAUCAAGAAAAUGGCCAACGCUGUCCUGAGCAUCCAUUUGCCACGAUCACCUGCUGAGAUCCGACGGAUGAUCAGUGAAAUAUAUAAUCUGUUAAACAGUGUGACCAAAUUCCCGGAUGAACUGAAGAAGUUACAGGAUAAAGCUAAAACGGCUCAGGAGCUUCUGCUGAAAGCCACAGAAAUCAAGGAGAAGACCAAAAACAUCAACGUUGUAGACAUCAGCAGGGACCUUUAUGCAGCUGAGGAGCUUCAGAACAGAGCCAACGAUGACCUGGAGGUUGCGGUUCAGGACAGAGACAUGGCGAAAGAUCAAAUCCAAGAGAUGGAAAACAAACUGGACAGCAUUGAGCCUAAGCUGAAGAAUUGGCCUUCAGAUCUGCAGGAAGAAAUCGAAGCUGUGAAGAAUAAAACUGAGAAGAACAGAGAGAUGGCCAGAGAAGCCAGAGAAGCUGCAGAAUCAGCAUUUACACUCCUUCCUAAUAAAGCGGGGCUACAGGACGUUGAGGAGCAGUUUCAGCUUUUAAAGCAAAAACAAUUGAAUCAAACAAUUGGAGGUGAAGCAGCAGAUCGUCUGAAGAGAAUCCAAGCGGAGGCCGAAGAUAUGCAGAGACAAAUGGAGGACAGACUGCGACAGUUACAAGAUGUGGAGCAGAAGAUCCAGCAGCUUCUCCAAAGGAAGAAUCAGAAAGUAGAGGAGGUGUCCAACCUGCUGAAGAUAGUGGAGUCACUACAAAAGGAAAUUGCCUCUCGGGCUAUAGAAUAUAGCCGCUGUGCCCCAUAAAGACUAUAAAACUGAAUAAAAAUGAUUCAUUUAGAAGACUCGUCUUUUCAUGUUACUUACUUUUAAAAGAAAAAUUAGGAAUAAAUUAUAUUGGAAUG